GGAGGGCGGGAAGGAGGGCGGGAAGGAGGGCGGGAGGGCCUCGCCCGUCUCCUCGCGAGAUCGCGGCCGCUAUAAAGCGGCGGGGCCGCGGGGGCUGCCGCAGUCGCAGCUUCCUGAGGGGGUCGGGGUCUCAUCGAGCUGAGGAGGUUUUUUUUUUGGAGUAAAUCAAGAUGUCUUCAGGAAAGGCUUUCAUUGGAAAACCAGCCCCUGACUUCACUGCCACAGCUGUGAUGCCAGAUGGGCAAUUCAAAGACAUCAAACUCUCUGACUACAGAGGAAAAUAUGUUGUGUUCUUCUUCUACCCUCUGGACUUCACUUUUGUCUGUCCAACUGAAAUUAUUGCAUACAGUGACAGAGCUGAUGAAUUCAAGAAAAUCAACUGUGAAAUAAUUGGAGCUUCUGUUGACUCUCACUUCUGUCACCUUGCAUGGAUCAACACUCCCAAGAAACAAGGUGGUUUGGGAUCUAUGAAAAUUCCACUGGUUUCUGACACAAAACGUGUCAUUGCCAAAGACUAUGGAGUGCUUAAAGAGGAUGAAGGUAUUGCGUACAGGGGUCUGUUCAUAAUCGAUGAGAAGGGGAUCUUGAGACAGAUAACAAUCAAUGAUCUUCCUGUUGGCCGUUGUGUUGAUGAAACCCUCAGGCUUGUGCAGGCUUUCCAAUUUACAGACAAGCAUGGAGAAGUGUGCCCAGCUGGCUGGAAGCCUGGCAGUGACACAAUCAAGCCUGAUGUUCAGAAAAGCAAAGAAUAUUUCUCCAAGCAGAAGUAAACUUUCAGUCCGAGUGGAAACUAGUAUGCCUUACAGAAAGAGCAAGUAUCAGUUACUGAACUUUGACUAAAUCAUUGCAUUUGAGUCAAGGGAUCAUGCUAUAGGUAUAAACAGUAACUUUUUUUUACUUGAAGGAAAGUUUGUCCUGUUGAUAGUACCUUCAUAGAAAACCCUAAUGAUCAAUAUCUGUACAUCAUGCCCUAUUGACUUUAGUGACAAUGCAUUGUAUGUGGUUAGCCAUGUGUUGCGUAUAGAGCAGUGGUAUUCUUUUGUAACUAUUAAACUUAUGGAAAAAGCA